AUGUUACCGGUUUCGCGCGAAGGCCAAAUGAGUUUCAAUUACAUCCCCACCUCUCAGUCCAUGUCGGGAACAUCCACUGGGCGCAGCUCGCCUAGUGAUAUCGGAGGUGGUACUGUAAAGGCACCCUUUGGGCCACCUGGAUCGAUUGGUGCCGCGAGGCUCGGGGCUGGUUCCCCUUCUCACGAGUUGGGCACGCGUCUGUACCCGAAAAGGCGUUUCGACCAGCAUCUGGGGUCCGCCGACAAGUGGCAAUUCUACUCUCCGCUUCGCGAAAACAUUCCCGAAUCGCCAACCCAAGACAGCUUCCCCGAUUUGAUUCCUACUUCAAAUGGCUCUCUCAGUAGCUCCGGCCGUAGAGCCCGCGCUGGUACCGUGCCUUCGCGAUUCCCCCCAAUGGGUACUCUCAACGAGAUGGAAUUUGAGCAGCCUCCUUUCUCGUCGCAGACCUCCCGACCAACACCGUCCACGAGCCCGUUCCAACCCCCAGGAGUAUCAGGCAUGGAUUCAAGUAUGAUUGCGAAUUCGACUGCAGCGUCAAACCCGGCAAUGUUGUCCCGUCUUCGAGCAGGCUCGAUGCCCCAGAGGAGUCUACUAAGCGGAGGCAACCCAUUCGGUCCAUCGUUGUUUUCUUCGCAUUGGUCCACCGGUCGUGAGCGCGCGACAACUUUGAGCAGUAUUAGGUCGUCGGAAAGUUUGAAUUCGCCAAGCCACUCGUCAUAUUCAGGAGCUGGACUGGACUCGGAUGUGAAAACACUGGAUUACUUGGGCCUUGCAGAGACUCCUCAGCAGGUACGAGCUAAUCUGGCUCGAUCUUCGAUGGAGGCUUUGAUACAGCAGCAGCAGCAGCAGCAGCAAGCUUCUGCACUCCCGCCGCUCCUGGCUGAGCUGGCGAUGAUGAAGAAUAAUAAUCGGUUCCGAUCGUAUUCUGUCAACGCUAAAGAGAAGUAUGCCGAUGACGAGGAUAUGGAGUAUGAGAGUCGCUACUCGCAACUCCCAUCCGGAACGAUCACCCCCUCCGCCGCAUCGGCUGCUUUGGCCGCAACCCAGGCCCAAAUCCACCAGCAUAACUUGGCCGUACAGGCCUUUGCCAGUCAUGCAUCAGUGAAUCGCCCUCGGGCACGCACUGCUGGCAUUCUCGAGGCACCUACCCAGCGCUCCUCUAUCCGCCAGUAUCUAGCGACUCCCUCGCGCUUGGACAACAGCUUUUCUGCUGCUGAAUUCCACAUUUCUGAGAAUGGCGAAUACGACGAACUGUCUGAGGCAGUUCAGCUGCUGCAUCUUGGCGCCAACAAUGGUGCUGGUGCCGUGGGUAUUCGAUCAACGGGUGAAUUGGCGGACGAGAAUAACCAGGACGGUCCUACUCGGGCUCUGUGGAUUGGCAGCAUUCCUGUGUCGACUACUGUAACCUCUCUCGAGGCAAUAUUCGGUCUCUACGGAAAGAUUGAGUCGACUCGUGUGUUGACCCACAAGAACUGUGGUUUCGUUAACUUUGAACGCCUCGACAGUGCUGUGCAGGCCAAGUCGCUUUUGAAUAGUAAAGAGAUCUUCCCAGGUGCUGGUCCUGUCAGAAUUGGCUAUGCCAAGGUCCCUGGCGUUUCGGCGAAUGGUACACCUGGUGCGAAUGGCAUUCAGUCUUCUCCAACUCCCGACUCCAACUUCAUGUCCAACCUGGCAUCCGCGGACGGAGUCGAUCGCCCAGACAUUCUCAACAACGUUCCCCAGCUCCCUGAUCUUGCCAAUCUGCUGCCUGAGAUGGUAGGCAUCGUCCAGGAAUUUGGUGCCACUGAGGAGGAGACACGGAGCAUCACAAAGAGCAUUCAGACUGCCAUCAACUUCCAGUCCUUCCAGGACGAAAUUCCUCCUGUUCCCGAGUCCAGCCAGAGCCGCAUGUUCGAUGCACCUCGCCUGCGUGACAUCCGCAAGCGAAUUGACAAUGGCGCUUGCUCGCUGCAAGAGAUUGAAGAAACUGCCGGCGCAAUGCUUCCUGAGAUUGCAGAGUUGUCCUCCGACUACCUGGGUAACACUGUGGUCCAAAAGCUGUUUGAAUUCUGUUCCGAGUCCACUAAGGAGCAGAUGCUCGCUCAUAUUUCUCCUCACCUGGCCGAGAUUGGUGUACACAAGAAUGGCACCUGGGCCGCACAGAAGAUCAUCGAUGUCUCGAAGACCCCAGGUCAGAUGAAUAUGGUUGUUGAUGCCCUUCGCCCCUACACCGUUCCCUUGUUCCUUGACCAAUACGGAAAUUACGUUCUCCAGUGCUGUCUCCGCUUCGGUACGCCCUUCAACGAUUUUAUCUUUGAGACCAUGCUCAGUCGCAUGUGGGAGGUGUCCCAGGGAAGAUUCGGUGCUCGAGCCAUGCGCGCCUGCCUGGAGAGCCACCACGCCUCCAAGGACCAACAGCGAAUUCUUGCCGCUGCCAUCGCCCUUCACAGCGUUCAGUUGGCUACGAAUGCCAAUGGCGCUCUACUGCUCACCUGGUUCCUCGACACUUGCACAUUCCCCCGCCGCAGAACUGUCCUUGCUCCCCGAUUAGUGCCCCAUCUUGUUCAUCUCUGCACACACAAGGUCGCCUACCUUACCGUUCUCAAAGUGAUCAAUCAACGCAAUGAGCCGGAGGCCCGAGAUAUAGUCCUCAAGGCCCUUUUCUUUAGCCCUGGUGAUGAAAUUUUGGAGAAAAUUCUGAGCGACCAAACGUCUGGCGCCACUUUGAUCUUCAAGGUUCUGACGACUCCAUUCUUCGACGAGUCAAUGCGAGGUGAAGUAGUAAAGAACGUGUCCAAGGUUCUUACCAAACUCAAGGCAUCGCCAAGCCAAGGCUACAAGCGCUUGAUGGAUGAAGUUGGUCUCUCCUCGCGCGGUAGCGGUCGUGAACACCAUCACGGACGGGACCAUGUCGGCCAUUCCACCACCCCUGAAAAGUCCCAGCAUCGUCAGACAUCUCGCCAUGGAAGCGCGAACUUCCCAUCGCAGUCAUCCAUGGAUAGACAAUACAGUGGACACAUGCUUGUUCAGCCUGACUCUCGACCCAUGACCGCUGAUCAAAACAACGCGUCUUUCGAUGCCUAUGGAACGAAUGGCAUAAACGGUUUUGGCAGCCCUAUGAAUGGCCUCGGAAAUCUUAACGGUACUGGAUUCCAGGACCCCGUGGCUCCCCUUAACCCACAACAGCUUCACUACCAAACGUACCUCUCCGCCCAAGGUCGGGGCGUCUCCCCUGGUGGUAUCUACCCAAACAUGCCCGGUGGUAACUUUGGGUACUCGAACACUCUCGACAACUUCCGCUCCCUCUCAAAUCAGGCAUCUUCGCUCUCCGGACCCGGUCAAAUGAAUCAGAUUCUGGGCCAGUCCAAUUACGCCCCGCAACAGUUUAGCCCGGUAGUGCAACCGGCCCAGAUGUACCAAUAUCCCCCCACAGUUCUACUCCCAAGCACAGCCAGUGCAGGGACAACCUGGGGGGGUCGACGUGGACGGGUGAGUAUCUAUAAUUCCUCCGACCCGAACUCCCAACUAUACAUCGAAUGGCAUCAGCUAACCCACAACCUCCGAUAUAGCGUUAAUCCGACCCAUGAUUUCUAUAAUCAGAAUAUUUAA